UCGCCCCUAGAGAGGCAGGCGAGAUGUCCUGUCUGUAAAUCAUCUCAACGAAACACAUGUCCACAGUGUAAUUUGCAUUCCUGCGGCGAUUUUUAUUUUCUCCUCAUUUUCUUGAAUUUGCUAAAAGACUGUACGUAGCUUAGAACCUCCAAAUGUCAGUCUUGCAGAUUCUGGCUUUUCUCUGCGGCCUGGGCGGGCUCGGUGCCACUAUUGGUGCCACAGUGUCCAACGAAUGGAGGCAGACCAGUCGGGCAUCCUCGGUCAUCACAGUGACCUGGGUGCUCCAGGGUCUGUGGAAGAACUGUGCUGGGAAUGCUAUUGGAGCUGUGCACUGCAGACCACAUCAUACCAUCUUUCAGCUUGCAGGUUACAUCCAGGCAUGCAGGGCGCUGAUGAUUACAGCCAUCUGUCUGGGCUUUUUUGGUUCGAUUUCUGCUCUCAUUGGAAUGAAAUGCACCAAAAUCGGAGGAAGUGACAGAACCAAAGCCAGGAUUGUCUGCAUUGCUGGUGUGGAAUUCCUACUUAGUGGCAUCUGCUCACUCUCAGCAUGCUCCCUCUAUGCACACCAGAUAACAGCGGAGUUUUUCGACCCAACAUAUGUGGCACAGAAGUAUGAACUGGGAGCUGCGCUCUUUAUCGGCUGGGCAGGUUCCAUCCUCUGUAUCCUCGGAGGCACCAUACUCUGCUUCUCCAUCGCAGGUUCCUCCAGCGAAAGCCACAGUCAGGCAAAGUAUAUCUACAAAGGUGCUGCCUCACAUUCCCAUAUCUCCUCCUUCCCGAGAGGGCAGGCUCAGUCUGUCAACCAGAGGCCGCCUCCAGACUACAGCAACUCCUCCAGGAUGCAGCACUUUGAUAAGAAUGCUUAUGUGUGAGGGAUGUGAAUAUAAAACACUUUUAGUCAAAGCCACUGGUGAGUCUUAAAAGCUCUACUAAGUGUUAAAGAUACAGCGUACCAGAUGAAACGUGGUUGGUUCUGUCUAAAAGCGGCAGAGUUUGCUGUUAUUAAUAUGUGACUCACCGAGAAUAUUUAAGCCUUUCAUCCAGGUGUCCAAAUUUGAAGUUGUGUAAUGCAGUUUACUCUCUGAUAGUGGGGAAUUUCUAUUUUCUAUACAGCAGACAACGUCUGUAUUUGGCCGUUGUACAUAUAACUGUGCAUUUAAUGAUAGGAUUAGUAUUGUAAUUAAACAGCAAAAUCAUAAACACUUGGUUUCUGGAUCCUUAUAAUCUAAUUUUUGCAUCAUUUUCUAUUUUUUUUAUGUGGUAGUGUGAAAUGUUGUGUAAGACAUUUUCUUUGUUGGUUGUAUUCUUUAACACAAGUAACCUGAACAUGUUGUUAAUCUGUAAUGACAGUACUUAAAACUGUGUCCAACACAGAUGCUCUUGUUUUCCAUUGCAUAACCAUUAACUACUUUGGAAUGCUCAAACUUGUAUGUAAGGCUCUGUUUUUUAAGAGGAGUGCAUGAGUAGAAAUAAAACAGAUAAAACUGA